UCCAAUGAGCAAAUACAAGAGACGAGUAAAGAAGCAGAAAACAAUAACACGCUAAGAAGUACAAAUACGUGGAUGAGAGUUUGGUGUUCCUGGGCAAAGUCACGUCAAAUUAACGAGAGUAUAGAAACAAUGGCGCCCGCAACUUUAGACGGAGUCCUCCAAAAAUUUUAUCUGGAAGUGAGAAAGCAAGACGGCUCAGAGUAUGAACCGGACUCACUUAAAGUGAUGCAAGCGGCCCUGGAACGGUACCUAUCCGCCCAGAAAUAUCCAUACAGUCUGAUAGGUAGUCUGGAGUUCUCAUCUUCAAGGGCUGUUCUUGAAGCAAAAGCAAAACAACUACGAAUUAAUGGUUACGGCAAGAGAAAGAAUCGCGCCUUGCCGUACAACUCUGCCGAAGAAGAGUCCUUCUGGUCAAGUGGUCAGUUAGCCGACCACGAUGGAGUGGCUCUCACAAACGUUAACUUCAAAAAUUUGUCCGAGCACUUCGGAUUUCGUGGCCGUCAAGACCAUUACGACGCUUACGUACAAGAUUGAGAAGUUGCGUGGAUCCAGAUCCAGGGAGGAGAAUUGGUAAGGUGCGUUCGUUUCAAUGAAAAUCCAACAAAGACCCAUUCCGGUGGCCUUUCAGCGAAACACAGAAAAACUCCUCAAGAGAUGUGGGCCACAGACGGUGGACCAAGAGAUCCGGUCCGGCGUUUUGAAGAAUUUCUGAGAAGGCGCCCAUUAGAAAUGCGAACCUCUGGGCCUUUGUACUUGGCAAUAAUACAGCGUCCGAAAACCGAAGUUUGGUAUGCCAAGUCCAGGAUGGGCGAACACAAACUUGGCAGCAUGAUGAAGACCCUAGCACAGACGAUCAGC